UGUAUCCCAAAGGUGGCAAAGAGGAAAAUCAACCCCAUAAUCAGGUGUAUAUGGAACAAUAUGAUUAUGGAUGGGGUAAUCAGAUGUACGGAGGAGCGUUUAAUAACCAAGAGUAUCCCCAAAGUCAGCAAUAUUAUAAUAAGGGGUUUACUAAAAAGGAACAAAUGAAUCCCAUGCAUCCCGGCCCUGGGAUGUAUUAUCCUCAACCAGAAGGGAAUGAGUGGAAUUUCGAAGAUGGACACCAGAUGAAUUCUCAACCUGGAUAUUCAGGGCAAAGAUUUUACCAAGAAGAAAAGUCUUCUGGUAUGCACCCAAUGCCUGAGCCUGCCAAUACUUUCAAUAUACAGGCACAAAAGAGAAAUACUUUCUCUGGAUUCCCAAGCAAGCCAGCCUUCAAACCUCCUCCUCCAGCUGUUGAAGGAGUUGAAAGAUUAUAUUCAGAACCAAAUGAUGGAGAGAUUACUAUUGAAAUUGAGCCCUCCAGUGGUCUUAGGAAGCUAGUCACUGCUAUUGAUAUUUCCUCUCUCUACAAGGAGAAGAGGAACAAUGCUAUCCAGUUAUCAAAGAGAUUUGAAACUUUGUACCAUGAAUAUUUGAUCUCACCACUGUGCCCGGUAAUAAUGGAUGGAAACAGACUAUAUUUCCAGACAGAGGCCCCUGAAAAUGGCUCAAGCUGAUGGAAGGCAUUCUGUAAAAAGAAAUUUACUACACAUGAAAUGUUGGUAAUUUUCAGACAAAUGCUGCAUGUCCUCCACUAUUUGCACUCAAAUGAUAUUAUCCAUCGAGAUGUUCACCCAACAAGAUUCCAUUUAGUGAACGGAAAAGCUAAAUUUAAUUUCAUUGGGAUGCCCUAUAAUUACAAAAAGCUUCUGAAGAAGGAGAACUUCUCAGGCCAUAUCAAUUAUUCUGCUCCUGAGCUAAUUCUGGAACAAAUGAAUUUUAGUGAUAAAGUCGAUAUAUGGUCCCUUGGUUGUUGUCUUUACUUCCUCAUUGUUAAAAAGGAUCCAUUUGAAGGAAAAGACCCAAAGACUAUUAAAGAGAAUAUUCUCAAGUGCAAGAUCGAUUAUAAGAAGGUUCAAAAUGAGCCGAUGCUAGCAACACUUAUUAGAGCUUGCUUAGUGCUUGACGAAAGCCAGAGACCUCAUGCUUUUGAAAUUCUAAAUUAUAUGGAUGAGUUAGAAAAAGAAGUUUAUGGUGAUAUUGUCAGUGAUGAGAAGAGGGAUAGUUCGAUAGAGCUCAAACCUAGCAGCUUUGUAACCAUGAGCCCAAAUACGAGCGGAAGCUUUAAUAAAUCAUUCGAUAAAUCGUUCGACAGAUCCUUUGAUAACUCCUUCAAUUCAAACUCUGAAUCUAGCUUCCAGGAAUAUCCGAAGCAGCUUCAGGACAAAAAUUCAACCAAAAAUCUCAACACAAAGAAGCUAAUGAAACUUUCUUCAAAAUCCAAAGAAUUUACCAAAAAUCUUGACUCUGAAUCUACACCCAAGACUUACUUGAAACCGACAGAGUCCAACUACAUGUUCCAGCCAGGGGGUCAGGCGAAGCGCUUCCCUGCUUUAAAAACAGUUCAUGAAGCUCCUUCCAAAAUCUCCGAGACCGAAGAAGAGCAGCAGGUUAUUCAAGAAGAGAACUUUGUUUUAGCUGAUGACAGCCAAUUGAGCUUUCACACAUUCAAUACGUCCCAUUUAAAAGAUGACAAUUCUUUCAUGAACAGUUCAUUCAAUACUAUGCUGAACCUGAACACUGAGUUGGAAGAAAGCAAAGGAGAUAAAACCAAGCUAAAAGAGGAUCUCAAGCAAAUGAGACUCCCAAAUGGAUAUUUCAAAAUCAGAAUUCUCAUGCCUUUUAAAGGGGAAAUGAUUUGAAAACAACACGUCAUUGAUCUGGAAAGUGUAAAAGUUAUCAAUUCAACAGAGCAAUCUCUGGGUAAAAUUUUUAUGCCUAAGAAGACAUACUUGGAGUAUAUCCUUGACGCUCAGAACAAACAAGAAAAUAAUGAUGACAAAGCAUCUGAGUCUUCUGCUCCAAUUCAAGGGUCAGCAUUGCAGACUCUCAAAGUUCCCUCAAUUAACUCAAGUUUUGAAAAAUCUGGUGAAGUCAAUACCUUCGAUCUAGAGUUUAAAGAUGGUUCUUCUUACAGUGGUCAAAUAAUGAAGCACGGAUAUGGAACCUACAAAGAUUGCAAAGGUAAUGUUUAUGAAGGAAACUGGGAGCAUGAUAAAAAGCAUGGCCAAGGUAAACAAUCCUUUGUGUCUGAUGUCUCCCACGUUCAGAACUCAACUAACGACAGCAUCAACAGCAUUGAAGAUGACUUCUACAGAAGAGGCGGAGUUUAUGAAGGAAAUUUUGACAAUGGCCAAUUCAGUGGAUUUGGAAAAUUCACAUUCUCCGAUAAAAGCUACUACGAAGGAACAUGGAAGCAAGGCAAAAUGGAUGGAAUAGGCACCUUCUACGGCUCAGACGGCUCUGUAUACACAGGAGAGUGGAAGCAGAACAUGAAAAACGGAAAAGGAGUCUACAAAGAUCCUCAGAACAAAGUUCUUGAUGGAAUGUGGGAGAACGAUAAAUUCUUAGAAAAGAAAGACUAGAGUUUGUACUCUCAUGAUUAUACAUUACCGCCUGAUUCCGCAUGUAAACCUUCAUGAUUAAUUAAUCUGAAGUUUCAAUACGAUAAA